AUGCCCUCGCCCAAGCGUACGCGCUCCGAGGAUGGCUCCACUCCAUCGUCCACCCCGUCCACCCCCUCCUCCUCUCGCUCUCACACGCGUGCUGCUGCCCCCGUCGAGAACAUCCCGGUCACCCCGUCCACUGCCCCCUCAGCCCGUCUCUCGUCCCGACGCCAGAUCUUGACGCGCUCUCAGUCUACCACUACCAAUCUCUCAGACUUGGCCAGGCCUCCCCGUCGGACAACAUUACUCGGGCCAACAUCCUCAUUGCCCAACAUGGGCUCUCCAUCCAACCCUUUCACGACGGGCACGAAUUUUGCAAUGACCCCUCCGACCACUAGGACGCGUUCAUCAGGGACCUCGAUGCUGUUACGUACGCAGUCGACGCCCUCCCUUACGUCUGCGGGAUCGAGUUCUCUCAAAAGCUUGGCCGGUGCGCCUGCCGGUGAGAGUGAAAAGCCAGAGAAGGAUGGUUUGGGAGAGUCGCGGAGGUUUGGAAAGGGCAAAGAGAAUAUCCCGCCCAAGAGAGCCGAGCAAAAUGACGAGGAUGAAGGACCGCGAAAGAGGAUCAGAAUGACCAGCAUGAGCAGUUUCACGGGUGCUUCUGGACGUGGACGAAGUGGAAGUGUAGCGAGUAUCAGGAGCGAGUCUACCAACAAUGGGAGACACGCCUCAUUGGCACCGUCUACAUCGUCAAUGGCAUCCUGGGGACGCGCUUCUUCUCCUACUCCCAGUGACGCAUCCUUCUCCACCACCAUCCCCGACCUUCCCACUCCCACCCAGUCGUUUGACCGUCUCACAUUCGACAGCGACCCUCUCGAAACCCCCACCAAGUCACGUGCCACCCGUGCCCAUGGCCUUCUCACGCCCCCGCCGUCUUCGCCUUCCAUCAUGGAUGUCGACCCUUUUGAACUCUCGGCGGGUCCUCGGUUCACAAAAGAGGUUGGCGCGUACAAGCAGCUCAAGGCUGCCCUUCGGCUGUCGGCGAUCUCCGGAUCUUCCCUUGAUGACACCAUCAUUGGACGAGACGAAGAAAAAUCCAUCAUCAGUGCUUACUUGGACAAUACGGACAGCACCACUGACGUGGGCAUGUACGUUUCUGGACCCCCGGGUACGGGAAAGACUGCGUCGGUCACUGCUUUCGGCAGGCAACGUGUUGCCCAGGGGUGGAAGGUCGUCGAGCUCGGGUGUAUGGGAUUGAAGGUUGGAGAUGUCUGGAAGAGAUUGGGUGAAGAGUUUGGUUGUGGCAAAAGCGAGAAGGAUGUCGUCGAGUAUAUGAAGUCUGAGGCUACGCCUACAUUCAUCAUCCUUGACGAGGUCGACUCUCUCAUGCCCCCUCCCCCGUCCAAGGCACCUCCUGCCGUCUCUCACUUGCUGGCCAAGCUAUUUUCUCUCCCGUACUCCAACCCCUUGGUCAAACUGAUUGCCAUCUCCAACACUCUCGAUCUCACCAUCCGUGCGCGUCUUGUCCUCCCCAACAACCUCCAGCCUUCCGUCCUGCCUUUCAAGGCCUACGGAUCGACAGACAUGAGCAACAUUGUGAAUACUCGUAUCGCUGCUGCUGCUGUGGAAGGAGUCAAGGUGGACAACAUGACCAUCACCCUCUUGGGCAAAAAGGUUGAGGCCCAGAACGGCGACUUGAGAAUGUGUCUCGGUGUGCUCGGAUCUGCCAUCUCCCUCGCCGAGGCAGAGUACGUCAAGAAGCUGUCUCACAACCCCGACCCUUCCAAACCCGUCGUCAUGACCAAAGUGGCCAUCACCCACAUGAUGAAGGCUCUCGCGUCUUACACGGAGAAGCUCCGUGCUUCUGCGGGUUCGGCGGUGGGCGGAAAGGCGUCAGAGACUGGCAAGAAGGUCAAGUCGGUUCAGCUGCAGGGCAAGAUGGUGUUGAUGUCUAUGCUGGUUUACCUCAUUCGCGUCAAGGCUGGUUUGCAUGGAUGCCCGUCCAUGAAGGCUGCUUCCGCCCCUGCUUCGGCCGAUCCAGAGAUCCCAGCGCCGGUCUUGUACGCUACCUACUCCUACCUCCUUUCCCACAACACCUCCCCCUUCUCCCCCGCCGCACAAUCAGAUUACCUUGACCUGCUCACCCACCUCGAGUCUCUCGGGCUCAUCUCCCAGACCGCCACAUCAGGCAGGGGAGGUGCGGCGGGCAACAUGGUCAAGAUUGUCUUGUGCGUGCGGGAAGAGGAAGUGCGAGAGGGACUCGGACUCGGGGAGGGGCAGGAGAAGGGUAUUGCGGAGGAAGAAGUGCAGAAAGUGUGGGAGAGGGAAGAGGGGAGGGUGAGGCGGGUGAGGGAAAAGGCGGCCAAAGCGGCAAAGGCUGGACAGGAUGAAGAGUAA